AUGGCAGCACUAAGAUCAGCACAAGCUUGCCACUCAAAUCGUUAUCUGGUGCUGGAGGAUAUUGCUUUUCCAGUUGGAUUUGCUUGGGGUGCAGCUACAGCAGCAUAUCAAAUUGAAGAAGGCUGGAAUGCAGAUGGAAAGGGCCCUAAUGUCUGGGACAUAUUCACUCAUCAGGGAGGAGAUCGAGUUUUCAAGAACCAGACUGGUGAUGUAGCUUGUGGCAGCUACACUCUGUGGGAGGAAGAUUUGAAAUGUAUCAAACAGCUUGGAUUGACUCAUUAUUGCUUUUCUCUUUCCUGGUCACGUCUGUUACCUGAUGGGACGACAGGUUUCAUCAACCAGAAAGGUUCUUUGUGA